GCAUUAUUCAACGAGGAACAUCUGUAGCAGCGCAGCUCUCAUACAGCAGUAUUUCAGAUCACAUUUGCACAACAAUGUUCACAACAGAUCAAUGAGAAGUGAAAACCAUCCUGCAAGAGGCUCCUGAUCCAUUUAUUCAAAUUCUGGUAAAGGAGUGCAGAACUGUUGGACAUGUGCAGUAUGGCUCACAAAACAAAGCUCUUGAAAUUAAUCUUACAGUCAUUGCCAGUUAUGCUACUUCACAGCUUUUGCACAGCACAAGAUGAAGAUCGGAGAUAUAGUUGCAGAACAGCUCCUAGUGAUCUAGUGUUUAUUUUAGAUGGCUCUUGGAGUGUGGAAGACAAAAACUUUGCCAUAGUCAAAAAAUGGCUUGUGAACAUCACUACCAACUUCAAUAUCGGCCAGAGGUUUACCCAGGUGGGGGUAAUCCAGUACAGUGAUGACCCUGUGUUGCAGAUUCCUCUGGGAACAUAUUUGUCAAGCACAGAACUAAUUGAGGCCAUGGAGUCAAUAGAGUACAUGGGAGGAAACACCAGGACAGGAAUCGCCAUCAAGUUUGCCAUUGAUAAUUUGUUUGCUCACUCUGAACGAGGGCCCAACGGCGUAGCAAAGAUAGCUGUGGUCCUCACUGAUGGAAAAUCCCAGGAUGAAGUGAAACUGGCGGCAGAGGAAGCAAGGAAAAAGGGAAUCAUCUUGUUUGCCAUUGGUGUCGGAUCCGAAACGGAGGAAGAGGAGCUAAGGGCUAUUGCCAACAAGCCUUCUUCCACUUAUGUGUUUUAUGUUGAAGACUACAUAGCAAUUACUAAAAUCCGUGAAGUGAUAAGACAGAAGCUCUGUGAAGAAACGGUUUGUCCAACAAGAAUCCCAGUAGCAGCCCGUGAUGAAAAGGGCUUUGAUAUACUGAUUGGCUUAGACUUCGCCAAGAAAGCUAAAAGGACCAAAGGAUCUUAUUCUGGUAGCAGAGCCUAUCUGGUGACAUCACGACUUGACUUAACUGAAAGCACAAGAGCCAUAUUUCCUGAUGGCCUACCUCCUUCUUAUGUCUUUGUUGCCACACUGAAAUAUAAAGGAUCCGUGACGACGGAGACAUGGGAUCUCUGGAGGAUACAAGCUCUGGACGGGACACCACAGAUGGCAGUCACAUUAAAUGGCAAAGACAAGACAGUAAUGUUCACCACCACCAGCAUGGGAAACGACACACAAACCGUGACGUUUUCAACACAAGAAACAGAGAAACUCUUUGAUGAACACUGGCACCAGAUUCGCCUUCUGGUAUCAGAGCAAAGCGUCACUUUGUAUGUUGAUGGCCAGCAGACCGAGUCCUUGGAACUGGGUCCUGCCCCUGGUAUCUUUGUUAAUGGAAAGACGCAAGUUGGAAAGUAUUUCAGGAAAGAAGAAACCAUACCUUUUGAGAUACAGAAACUCAGAAUCUACUGUGACCCUGAGCACAACAAUCGUGAAACAUCCUGUGAAAUACCUGGAACGGAUGGAGAGUGUGCAAUCAAUCCUGGAGAUAUUGAUAUUGAGUCAACUCCAGCUCCUUGCAUAUGCCCUCCUGGACAACCUGGGCCGCCUGGCUUGAAGGGAGAACAAGGAAGAGCCGGAGAAGCAGGGCAGCCUGGUCAGCCUGGAGCUGAUGGUAAGCCUGGGGCACCAGGACUGUCAGGGAACCCAGGGCUUCAGGGUACAGCAGGCAUUCAGGGACCACGUGGGGCCCAGGGAUACAAAGGAGAACCAGGAAAGCCUGGCGAUCCGGGUCAAAGGGGGAUGCCAGGAGUACCAGGGCUGUCAGGUCUGCUGGGAGAAAAGGGUGCUCAGGGCCAAAAAGGAGAAGCUGGACUGCCUGGCAUCAAUGGGCAAACUGGAGAAAAAGGAAACAAAGGAUCGGCAGGGCCUGCUGGUCUCCCAGGACUCCCUGGACAGCCCGGCCGAAAUGGACUAGACGGAGCACCAGGAAGUCCAGGUCAAAAGGGUGAAAUUGGAAAACCUGGAAUCCCUGGUGUAGAUGGGCUUCGUGGGCAUCCAGGUCACCCUGGUUUGCCAGGAAAUGAUGGUAUAAGGGGACCUAAGGGUGAUGAUGGAAUACAAGGAGAAAAGGGAGCAAAGGGGUCUGCCGGAUUGCCUGGAGAGAUGGGGUUAUCUGGUGCACCCGGCUCACCAGGAUUACCAGGAUUAAAGGGCAGUAAGGGUGAAAGGGGGCAGCUGGGGCAGCCAGGACCUCCUGGGACACAGGGAAACUCAGGUGAACCAGGAAUGGCUGGCCAACCGGGGCAUUCAGGAAUGCCAGGGAUGAAAGGAAGCAAGGGAUCCAAAGGAAAUGAAGGGGAAAGUGGAAGACAGGGCUCAAAGGGAGAAAAGGGAGACUCAGGAAGAGCAGGGACCCAGGGGUUAUCCGGUGUACCUGGAUCGAAAGGGGAGAAAGGGGCACCUGGAGAACCUGGCCUGAGAGGUCAAGCUGGUCACCGGGGGGAGCCCGGCCAGCCUGGCCAGCCCGGUUCUGCUGGGCCGAGAGGACCAAACGGAGCUGCGGGAGCAUCAGGGCCACCCGGGCCUGCAGGGCGACCCGGGAGAGAGCUUUCAGAAGAAUUCAUCCGCCAAAUUUGUAGAGAUGUCUUAAGAACGGAGAUCCCCUCUCUUCUCCACAGCGGCCGGAUACGCGGCUGUGACCAGUGCCAGACCAGAGAGGGCUCUCCGGGCCUCCCAGGUCCCUCGGGGUCGCAGGGCCCCAGGGGUCUCCCUGGGCUCCCGGGAACGGACGGAUCGCAGGGCCGUCCGGGAGCACCUGGGCUCCCCGGCACUCCUGGCGCUAAAGGAGAGCCGGGCGAUAAGGGCGAAAAGGGCAACUCAGGACGGGGGGAGCCAGGGCCUGAGGGGCCCCCUGGACCAGCCGGUCUGAUGGGUCCUCCUGGGAUAGGAAAGCCAGGCUAUCCUGGGAAACCCGGCCUUCCUGGACAUCCUGGAGAUCGGGGACACCAUGGGAGCCCCGGGGCCCCCGGACAGCCAGGAUCCUGCGACCCCUCUUUGUGUUAUGGUGUGAUGGUGGGAAGAGAUCCUUUCAGGAAAGGACCAAAUUAUUGAAAAUUCUGAUGAAACUUCAGCCAGCAAGUCUGGACAUGGUGCUUAACUAAUGAAAAUAAAUCUUUCAUAUCUCAGGAAGAUCAUGUUUUAACACUCUUCCCUAUAACUGGGACAAGAGUACCUCUUUUCAGACACUUGUACAGUAUUUAAAGAGAGGCACGGGCAUACAUGAAAAAUACCUAAUGUGCAUUUCACGCGGCAGCAUAGAAUAAAUGAUGGAUAUUUUCAUAGCAAGACACAGAUACAAACCUAUACAACAUCCAUCGCUAUGCUCAAUCUCAUUCAUGCUGUACUUGCAAUGUAUAAAAAGCUGUGCAAGAGCUCAGACUGACACCUUAAACAAUCAGGUGAUGUGACUAAGAAUUAUUACAGUCAAUGUCAGUUCCUGAGACUGCAUCAGGCACACAGAUAGGUAUUUCUUCUCUGUUUAACUCUUCACAUGCUUAGGUGAUAAAGGCAUUCAUCAUUGCAUUGACUGAUACAGCAGCUUACCAGUAUAAACCUCUUCUGAACGACCACUAUUUCUGCUUCUCCCAGUGCUGUUAGAUUGUGGCUUUCUGAAUUUCUAAUAAGUCAUUUGCUGAACAGCUCUGUCAAACAUGCAUUUAGUUUGAGCUUACUUGUUGCAUCAGAACAUCAGCUUCCCUGCACCUUUUGUUCCGAGCCACACAAAUCCUCUAUACCCAGAUAAGGUGAAUGGGAAGUAUAUGUCAGUUUAGUAUAGCUACAGUAUAUCUUAGAAUCCUUUGGGUGUUUCUUCAGAGUUAUGUGAGCCAUCAUUAUAUUGUCUGUUUUAUUAUUGAGCUUUUUUGUAGCAUCUCCUAAAUGCUUCUACAGUAGCAUAAAUAGUAUAGAAGAUAGAAGAGGCACCAUAUUCUUCAGUGGUAGCAUCUCAAAUCACUUACUACUGGUGACAUACUAAAUGAGACAGUGUAAGGAUGAUUAUGCAAAAUGCAUCAAUCACAACACAUACUGUAGAAAUAGUCCAUUACUGUUGGUGUACUCUGGUCUGUGACUAUGACAUUUUCUUUUGCCUAAGCUUCAACAAGGUCUGAAGUUAAUAAGUGCAGGUAAAAUAUGUGUCUUUUUGACACACAAAACCUAAAAAAACUACACGAUUGUUUGGCAAUGAAAUGCAUGUAGGCAAGAAAAGAACUAAGCACUGGGAUUCUAAACUUAACAAUUCUGAUAGACCAUUUUUUAAGUUGCUUUCCUACAGGUCUGAAAAUAAAUUCUUCUUCUCAGCGGCAUUUCUUUUAUCUCACACAUGGUUCUUGGAAUCAAAUGCAUUGAUUAUUUCUUGCAAUUUGAUGUCUAAACUAUGACCCUUGUGAGAUUGUUAUUAUCAUCACUGUUAAUUCUGAUGCAAACAUCAUAAUA